AUGAAUGUGCCUAAUCGAGCUUCUGUGCUAGUCGUUGGAGGGGGACCAGGUGGCUCGUACGCAGCUUGUGUACUUGCCCAGAAAGGUGUUGAUGUUUUUGGGGCUACGUUCAAGAUUACAGAGGAGAAGCCGUCAUAUACCGACUUCUCCGCCACAUUAGGACCAGGUGGCCACUCAUGGAAUGUUAUUCGUGCGGAAUCAGAUGAGAUGAUCUUUCGCCACGCCACCCGUUGCGGAGUGAAGACAUUCAAGGGCACCAAGGUUGAAUCGCUUUCAUUCGAGCCUUUCGCUGAUGCCAAGUUCUCGCCUGUAGACUACAUGGCAAACCCCGGACGUCAGGUCUCCGCGACUUGGUCACGAAAGGAUGGUACAACGGGAGCAAUCGCUUUUGACUACCUCAUAGAUGCCAGCGGUCGUUACGGGUUGAUGAGUAACAAGUAUCUUCACAAUCGUCGCUUCAACCAAGGCCUCAAGAACAUCGCCAACUGGACAUACUGGAAAGACGCCAAGAGAUAUGAUGAGGGCGGUCGGACUGAGAACUCUCCGCUAUUCGAAGGUCUAUCAGAUGCGAGCGGCUGGGCGUGGGCAAUUCCUCUACAUGACGGUACCUUGUCGUGUGGGAUUGUGGUCUAUCAGGAGAGGUUCUUCGAGAAGAAGAAAGCUUCUGGAUUGGAUGGUCUCGCAUUCUACAAGGACUAUCUCAAGCUCGCACCACAGAUUAGUGAUCUACUUCAUGAUGCAAGUGUCAUGGCAAACUUGCGGCGGGACUCCGACUGGUCCUAUGGUGCUUCAGCGUAUGCUGGUCCAGGUUUUCGAAUCGUCGGUGAUGCUGGCUGUUUCGUCGACCCUUAUUUCUCCUCUGGCGUACAUCUCGCUUUAACGUCUGGCCUUUCAGCCGCCGCAACAAUCCAAGCAUCAAGACGAAAACAAUGCGAUGAGUUUGCGGCCGCAAAGUGGCACGAUACCAAAGUGUCAGAGUCGUAUACACGCUGGCUACUGUUCGUCAUGACGUUCAUGCGACAGUUAAGGAUGAAGCAAGCCUCCUUUGUCCAGAGCGGCAAAGACUCGAGCUUCGACACGGCUUUCAGGGCAAUCUUGUCCGUAAUCCAAGGCACGGUAGAUAUGGAAUCAGAGGACGCGGCCACCCAGACCCAAGUGGCAACGUCAGUCGACCUGGCAUUAGAACACAUGCAAGCUACCCCUGAAGCUGUCACCGCGAAGAUCACACAGGCGCAGGACAAACUGGCAAUGCUCGAAACGUUGACACCCGAGGAAGUUGCCAUUCUGAACAAGCUGAUCAAGCGCACGUUGCAGCACGAGAAGAGCGAUCUCAAACUCAUGAAUUUCGUCGGCCACGUUGUCGAAGGGCUGUCGGCUAGACUGAUUCAGGGAGAUCUAGGCUUGAUGAAAUGCGAGACGACUUGUUAA